GCGUUAACAGUAAACAUUGAGUAGAGUUUUCCCUUCUAUUCGUGUAUUUCUGUUUAUCACUCGCGUGAGUGCGGUGACAGCUUGCAAAAAGUCUCAAAGUUAUAUCAUCAGUUCCCGAAAGCAGUGAAAUAAUUCACUUCCGGAAGCCUGAGGAUUUUUUUCAUUACAAGCGUGAUGGCAGCAAAGCGGUUCUUCGGUUCUUUCUUCCCCACCGUGAAGGCCCAGGAAGAGGACAUUGUUGAUCCACAAGCCGUUCUUCGGGAAAAAUGCGCUGAACACGGCACUGCUCCGCAGCUGUGGGAAAAGUACCAGGCUUGCAAUGACCGAGUCAAUAGUCGAUCCCAAACGGCCGAAACCUGCGUUGAAGAACUGUUCGAUUAUUUGCACGAACUGGACCACUGCGUUACCAACACCCUGUUUUCGAAGUUGAAGUAAAUCUUUUCAGCCAAAAUGCUGGAUAUGCGGAUUCAUUAAGAGGAAAGGAAACGAGAUUAAAUCACUGUUUAAACUACUGUUGAGCAGCACAUUUCUGAGGUUUGAAUGUAACGAUUGGUCUUGGUCAGUUCAAAUGGUCUUGUAGUGAAUAUUCAAUAAAACUUCGUCAAAACAGGACAAAAUUGUCA